UUUCUCUUUUAUGUGCACGAAAACGUUAAGCGAAACGUUCCCGUCACAAAAUUAAGAGGGGAAAGAACGGUUUUUCACACCUCGCUGCUUUGCAGAUGUUGUGCCAGGGGUGGUAGGAGCGCUGCUGGGCUGUCCAGGCUUUCUGUAGUCGACGCUUGCGCAAGGAUUCGUGCUAUUUUUCUCGCUGAAAAACUCCCUCCCAAAAACGGGGGCGCUGAAGAAGAAGGUGAAGAACCAUGUAUCAGUAUCCUGUUCGAGGAAUUGAGAAAAUUCGAAGAACAAGAAGGAAAGUGAAGAACAUUUUGACUGAAUUUGGGCUUGAGCAAUGUCUAACACUGAGUGAGGGUCUCAAGGACUUCGAUCCGGGGGAUACAGUUUAUAAUGCGACCGAAUGGAAUGAUUUGGCUGAUGGAUUCGAUGGCAGGUGGAAGAAAAAGUGGGAAUAUCGGACACAAGGCUUGUGCUGUGCCUUGUGCAAAUUUUCCACGCGGUCGUGGUAUUCCUUCCGGUCUCAUAUUCAUCGCUGCCAUGACGAGGAGCAGCGUCUCUGCAGUCUCUCCGUCUGCUCCGGCUGCCCGUUCAUCGCUCACCCAAAAGUGAUCUCCAAGCACUACAAACUGUUCCAUCUUGAACCCCAGAAGCCAGAGCUUGAAGCAGUACCACAGCAUCUGCCCACCAAAGCCUUCGGGAGUCACGUAUUUCAGUGCAGAAAAUGCCACUUUAAUGAUACUCUCCUGUACAGCAUGAAGAAACAUGUUCUCAUUAAUCAUUACACCUCUCUGUUGAAUCGCUUUGCUGGACAAAGAAUGGACGGUGAACCUCAGCUCCUAGGUCCUAUGUACCAGAAAUUUUAUUGCAAAGUCUGUGGAGCAAAUGCCGAAACCUCAGAGCACUUGCUGUAUCACAUACUAACCUCUGACAAGCACAAGGAAUUGGAAUUACACAUCAACGCUCUCAUUUUCGAAACUGACAAUAAGAAGUUGUUUCCCACUCUUGCACCAAAGGCACAAGGUAGUCCUGUUCUUGCAGGGGUGAAUGGCCAACCUUUAGUGACUCCUGCUCCGGCUCCAGGUGCAGUACUACAGGGAGCGACGAAUGGUAGCCCCAGACUGUUUAGUGCUCCUGGGCCUAACCCAGCAAUUCUUCCUGCUCAAGCUUCAGCCCUGGUUCAGCUUGCCAGUGCUGAGGCAAAGGGUUUGCUACAACCUGGUCAGCCACUGGCUAUUCAGAAUGUCCAGACUGCAAGACCUAUGCCUACCACGGCACCUGCCAUUGCAGGCAUGGCUCCCGCUCCAGCACUUCAGCCGGUAAUUCCGCACCAGCAGAUGCCAGUCAGGGUGGGAGUCCCUGCUCAGUUGCAGCCUCCACCUCGACAGGUUCUACUCCCACAAGGGGUACAGUUUAACGUUCCGGCUGUCAGAGGACCACCACCACCACCGCCGCCACAAUCAAUGAUUGUUAGUCCACGGUUCCCUGUGAACCAGCCUACACCUAGAGGCACCAUGCUAACAUCACAGUCUCUUCUGAGUCAUCUGAUUCCCACAGGCAACAAAGUCGAUGGCCUGCCCACCUAUACUCUUGCUCCUCUACAAGUUUUGUCCGUCCGGGCAAAUAACAUGCAAGUGGUCAAUAAGGCACCGUUGCCUGUAUCACAGAACAACCCCACACUUCAGCACUGCGCAUCCAUGAGCAAUGGUUCCCAGGACUCGAAGACUAAGAAAUGGAUCACCUGCCCCGUUUGUAAUGAGCUUUUCCCAUCCAGCCUGUACGAGUCCCAUGCUGAGAUCCACAAAGAGUCGUCAAAGAAGUCCAAGCUGGGCCUGGCUGCCCGAGCACCUUUCUUGAAGAAGAUGCCUGACAAGACCGUGAAAUGCCUGAUGUGCAAGAUCUUGCUCUCUGAAAAGGGGCUUUUCGAACAUCUCCUUCACGGUUUGAACUGCUUGUACUGUUCUGGGAUGUUCUACUCCAUCAAGCAGCUGGUCGCACAUAUCCAGAUGGACCACAGUCCCAACCAGAAGGCAAACUGCGACUUCAUGAGGCGAGAGUACCGUCUUUACACCGACGAGUCUGGCAGCCUCCUUUUCCCCUACUUUGACAUCAACACCACAGCCCCGAAGGAGAUGAUGGGAGAAAAGGAGCUCAACUUGGCACUGGUCACCAAUUCCCUCGACCUGAUCUUUUUGAAGAUGAUGCCUGCGACUCCUCAUCCUGUGUGCAGGAUGCCAAUGCCGACACUCGACAGCCCAGAGUGCGUCUUCUGUUCUGAGAAGCUGAUGAACAUGGAGUGCUAUCAGAUCCACCUCCGAGAGAAGCACUUCAUCGUGCCUACUGUACACGCCAUACUCAAAGCCCCGGCGUACAAGUGCAUCUACUGUGGUGGCGUGUACACAGGGAAAACCACAGUCAAGGCGAUAAGCGUCCACAUAUCCAAAUGCCGUUCUGCGCCCAAAACCCCAAGAGAUGCCGAAAGAAUAAUGAGUUCUGGACUAGCCGUAGCCCCCAGAGUGAGCCAGGGGCUGGUCUCGUUCCCACCACCUCCAAGGCAGACCACCAUUCAAGUUCCGGCACCGGUCCAAGCUUCGGUCCCAGUGAUCCAGAACCCAGAGGUGGCGGCAGAAAUGCAUAGCAAGAUGAGGCUGGAGCUGGCCGUGAGGGAGGCCAUUGAGGCCAACAAGCGAGAACGAGAGGCCAGGCUAGCAAGGAAGAGGAAGAUAGAGAGGGAGAAGAUGGCAGGUUUAGCCACUCAGUCCUCCGAAAUGCAGGUGGAUCCUUCCGUGCAGUUUGCGCUGGAUCCUACCGGAAUGGAGAUGCGCUCCUUUGAAGACCGGCGGGACUUCGUGAACAGGUACUUCAACAAACAGCCCUACGCACUCAAGAAGGAGAUCCUUGGCUUGAGCAGCCGUCUACUGCUGAAUAAGACCGACAUCGCCUGCCAGUUCGGAGCGAAGCGCACCAGGUGCAUGAAGCACCUGCAGAGAAACAAAGCUGUGGUCCUCUUGGGCUUCAAAAUGGCGGAGUUGAUGAAGCUCAAGCACAACCUGCACAUUCCGGAGAUAGAGCCGGAGAAGACGGUGGCGGACGUGGAAUCGGAAGCGCCGGAACCCGAGUUGCGAAGGGAAGAAGAGGCUGAAUAAAGGCUGCCUAGUUUGUUUUAUUCCUCAUGAAGUUGAAAAGAAACGAAACAAAAGAGCGUCAAGAGAAAAAGACUCUUCAAAAAUGAUGCAAAAAAGUGUAUCGUAUUCAUGGUAGAUCAGUUUUCAAAGGACCACAAUCAUCUCCGUAGAAACCGUAGACUCCCUUUUUCUCGGAAGUAAACUUAAAUAGUAAGUUGAACUUGGCUGUAUCUGGAUUUAUAUGCUGUUCAGUAACGUGUUUGCGUAGUCAUUCUGCACAGAUCAAUACUGUAUUAUAGGUUCAUGUUUUUGAAAUGUUACCCCAUCACGUCGUACCACCACUGCUGUUUUACAAUACGAUUUAGUCGGCCUUCGCUUAGGUAUUUUUGUUCAAGCUGUUUUUUAUUGUUAUUAUAAUUAUAAUUAUUAUUAUUUUAACCUAAUACCAACAUUUUUAUACUCCGAUAUUAAUGCAAAAGCUAUUUCUUAGUGCUCUUCGAGUUAAAGCGCUUUCUUUGUAGUGUAGAUUCAACGUAUUUAAGAAGUUACCCAUGUUUUUUUCCUCGAAACGUUUCCAGUAUUUCGUCAAAGUGCUUCCUCAUUUAUCCCGUGCCUACAUCAUGAUAUGUCAGUAUGGUAUGUCACUGUGUGUUACUUUGCAUAGAAUUGUGCCUAAAAGCGGAGUACCCCUUUCAGCCUCCUCUCAUGGUGGUCUCUCGAUGCACUGUGGACAGAAGCAAGUCGGCAAAUACAGGAUCCACUCUGAAGCUGGCAGCAGUGGACUGUUCUAGUUUCUGUGAACUGCCUAAUUCUCUGGCCUCCCAGCUCUGAGAUCCCACUCCGUCUUUCAGAAGCAUGGCAGUCCAUUGUUCCGUCGCAGGUCGUAAGCAUGGUUCAUCCACAUAGUUCGGUUCUUGUAACAGUGGAAUGUAAGGCUGUCAGAAGAUUCGACGUAUUUGCUCACGUCGUGUUUCCAAGCUUAUGUCUUUAACUACAGCACCGAUUGAGCACGUUGCAGCAUUUGCAAGGGAGCUGCAGCGUGAGAAAGAAUGCAAAAUUAAAAUUACACAUUAAAUUA